CUCUGGUAUCGGUCUCACGCGUCUAGUAGAGUUCACUGACUUUUUCGUACAUUUGUCAGCAACCAUUGGAUAUACAUUUAAAGACUCAUCUGAUAUUGUCAAUUAUAAGAAGCGUAAAGUGUACUUUAGCUUUGAAGAUGACAGCUGUGAAGUGAACUUUACAAUCGGAGUCAGCCAUGAUAAAGAUGUGGCGUAUAUGAAUUAUCUUAUGAAAGCUGACUACAGAAGGUUAACGCAGUACUCAGAGGAUGGAAAAAACAAGUUGUCGUUGUUUGUUGUCUUACAGGAUUACUAUGCACUUCUUGAUGCCGGACGCAUCGAUCCGACGUGGAUCACUGGUUUUAACACGUACAGGUACUUUAUUCUCGUUAGCCUCGGCACACUUAAAACAGGCACACCUGUGGCAUUCAAAAGAUCAGUGGCAAACUUUAUGGCUCCAAGUCCGUACGGAGAAUCAAAUCUUACAGCUCAAAUUACUUUCAAACUUGCUGGUUGUCCACAUGGAAAGUACGGCGCAUACUGUGACAAAAACUGCACAUGUAAGAACGACGCCCGGUGUCACGGCUUCAACGGGGCGUGUCUGUGUGCUCCUGGCUGGAAGGGCGUGUCAUGCGACAUACCAACCCCAGCUGUUGCUAUUGACGUCCGGCCCGAAGGAAACAUGUAUAUAACUGGGAAUGUUUCCCUACAAUGUCGUCCUGUCCAUAUCAAUGCCUCGUCGAUGACGUGGUGGUUUCGGGCAUCUCGUAACAACAGUUCCAAGGUUUUUAUCCAAACUUCCCGUAACUUUUCAAUCAGUCCAAUUCUACCAGAGACAAAUGGCGUGUACACGUGUGAAGCCACCACAUCUGAUGGACAGACACUGGAGAGAAACUACGUCUUAGAUGUGAUGGAAUGUCCUUCCGGUCUUCACGGGGAGCGCUGUGACAGGCCGUGCGACUGUCUACAUAACGUUGGUUGUGACCGUUGGGCGGGGUGUAUAUGUGAGGCCGGUUGGACAGGCCCUACCUGUAACAUGUCCUGCCCUUCAGGAACAUUUGGGACAAACUGCAAAAAACUAUGUCGAUGUGAAAACGGCGCGGAGUGCAACCCUUUCAACGGUACUUGCAUCUGUCCGCCGGACCUGACAGGAGAAUACUGCGAAGGGAAGCAAAGUAGUCCAUUUCACACGACACAUGACACCUUACAGUAUUUUACUUUACUUCUUUUCAUCCUUCCUGUUGUAAUAGUUGCCGUUGUAGUUAGGAGAAGAAGGAAAUUUCUCAAGGAACAACGGCAGCAACCAGUUCACGAGGAACUGCAGCUUGUUGAGGUCAAUCAAGAACUGAACAUGGCAGACACGUUAGUGCCAUGGGAACGAGACCCGCAGUACCUGACCCUGGGUAACCUGGUCGGGGUUGGCACAUUCGGCCAUGUUGUAGAGGGAACCUUGGAAUUGCCUGGAGAACUACCGGUAAGAGUAGCUGUCAAAACUGUGAACGCCAAAGACAAUUCUGGAUAUGUCCAAGCGGAUUUCAAUCGUGAGAUGGACAUUCUGAUCUACCUUUACGACAGGUCCUUACACAUGAAGGAAGAUGAAAAAGUUAUGCACCCAAAUAUCAUUCAGCUAUACGGUGUUGUUACCCUGUCUGACCCGAAGAGGAUAAUACUAGAAUUCGCCCCUCACGGAGACCUUCAGAUGUACCUGAAAAGACUACGAGACGACAUCAAUGCAGUGAACUGGGCCACUUUACUUGGUUUUGCCGUCGGUGUAUCUAAGGCUCUACAGGAGUUAGAAAGAGUCACUAUUGUCCAUCGUGAUGUGGCCGCUCGGAAUGUGGUCAUCACAGACGGAAUGGUCGCUAAGCUGGCAGACUUCGGUUUGGCCCGAGACGUCUACACCAACACUGCGUACGAGCACACCGAUCACCACGGGCGAGACGAGUUACUCCCGCUGAAGUGGAUGGCACUGGAGUCUAUCCGAGAUGGAAUUUACUCCUGUCAGAGUGACGUGUGGUCGUUUGGUGUCAUGUUGUGGGAGAUUGCCAGUCUAGGAGAGGAGCCGCGCUAUCCUGGACCUUUCCGACCCAACUGUUGUCAGAUGGUCAACAUGCUUCGGCAAGGAAAGCGCAUGGAGAAGCCUGAACAAUGUUCCAUUGACCUGUACAGACUGAUGUGUCAGUGUUGGUAUGAUGCUCCUGACCAUAGACCGACUGCUGCUCAACUUGAAGUAAGGCUUGGGGAUCUUGUGGAAGACGCAAACAAUAGGGUCCCAGCAAAUGACGUUGUUGUUUUCGAGUGGGAAACUACCUUGUGA